CCAUUUGCAUACAUGGGGGCUGUCGUGGGAUAUAAAAGUGGCUGUUUUUAGUCCACAGUCUACUGGCAGCCCAGCUUCCAAGAAGAUAUCACUCUCAACAUAGAACGCAGGGAGUGUAACCAUGGAUGUGACGGUGCCAUUGAGCGAAACAGGAGUCCCACUGAAGGCCCGUGGGAAAUGCCAAAGGGCAAUGUUCCAUUGGUCCCUGGUUAUCAUGAUAAUCAUGGUCCAGGUGUUAGCAGCAAGCUGCGUCUCAUUUUACCUCCUCCGAACGCAACUGCAGAAACCGACUGAACACCUAAAGAAAACUUGUGGGACUGAGCCGGCAGCCAAAAAACAGAAAUGCGCUACUCACUGGACUGUAGCAUCUCCAGACAACAAUGAAACUGACGAAGAUCAAGCAUUGGCCUGGCAGAAUCGGACUGGGCAAGUCUUCACAGGAGACUGCACGGUGUAUAACACGACCGAUAAAUCACUGGAAAUAAAAAGCGACGGCUACUACUUCAUCUAUGUCCAGGUGAUGCUGAAGGCCAACUGGCACAGUGUGAAGUUCAUCCUGAACAUGGAUGGCAAGAACGAGAUCGAACGGAAUGCCCGCACCUCCUCAGAGCUGCGUUCAAACACGGUCAUCUUCGGGAGCACCUACAGACUGCGGCGAGGGACAAAGGUUUUGGUCAAAUCAAAUCCCAAGUACGUUCUAGUUCAGGAGACAGACACGUUUUUGGGUCUGUUUCAGCUAUGAAAAAGAAAAGGCCUUUUUCAGACUACCACCUAGUGCUGCACAUUUCUGUAAAUACAACAGGAGUGUGAGACACUGACCACAUCUCCAUUCUGAGGAUGAAACCAUCUUGCUAUUGUACAGUGUUCGAUAUCUCUUCAGCAAUGUUAAUUUUCCCACAUGGUAAAUACAUUACCUGUAACA